AUGAAGCCACCAUCUCGUCGUCGUGUUCGGCCCUCGCGUUUUGCAGUUGUGAAGAAGACUGAACAAAAACAAAAACGAGAAGUUACUGCGUGGAAUCGGCAAGAACAGCGCCAAUUCUUGUAUGGUCUGAAAAAGUUAGCCUUAGGCAACAGUGACCUUGAUCUCUCAGUUCUGCAGAAGAGGGUACCAAAGCGCUCCAUUCUGGAGAUUGAGAGCUUCAUUAAAUCUUUGAAGAACCGUGUUGUGCAGAGAGUGUCCCUGCAAGUGCACAAGCAGAAGAGGGAGGAGCGUAAAGCUAAAGUACCCAUUGAAGUCUGGGCAGAACUUGCUCAGCGGAUAGCUGGGUCCCAUGGGGAUAGCAUCUCUGCUGCUUUCACUCAGAUGCUUGUUAUUGCUGCUACUGAGCCCCAGAGUUUCGUCCACUCUGAUCCCCCUCGUCCUAUCAAUGCUCCAGCCCCCCUCUCCACCAGCCUCCGCACUGUCCCCUUAAGGCCUAUGCUCAGGACUCAGCAAGGGUCCAGAUUACCUUCUGCUUCUCCCCCGCUCAUCUUACCCAAGCAGUCCCAUCAGAUCUCUGAAGCCACGACUGUUGCAACAAGUCCCCACGCUGGAGCUCGAUUUCUGGUGUCUUCUCCACUUGCUCAGCCGUCAUCCUCGACAGCUUUGAAUGAUCGUUCUAAAGGGUUACUUCAGGGCAGCACAACAUGCAGUGCAUCUGCGUAUAACAUACUGCAGACACUGGACAGUACAGCAAAUUCUAAUCAGACCGUUAUGAAAUCAGCAUUAGCUACCUGCACACAAAGCACCAAAACUGGACCAGCAUUGCUGUCACUUCCUUCCAAUUCUAAACAACAGUCUAAAGAAACCCAAGACAUCCAGCCAACACCAGUCGGGCUGAAGUGGAUUGUGGAUUUCAGUAAGAUGUAUAGAUUUCUUAGCACUAUCAACAGUAAUACAGGAGAGCUCUCUCUCAGCGCAAUGGAGAGUGCUGUGUUGUUAGAUCUUCUGAUGUCUUUGCCUGAAGAGCUCCCCCUGCUGGAUUGUAAGGAACUGCAGCAUCACUUUCUUCAGGUCUACUCAGGCUUAACCUCGUCUACAGAGGUGCCAGGCUCAGCUCUUUGUACGGCUCAGGGGCUGCAGUUGAAAGCGUAG